AUGGCUAUGGUAUCAGAAUUUCUGAAACAGGCAUGGUUCAUGGAAAAUCAGGAGCAGGAAUUCUCCCCUCUGCAGAAAAGUUCAAAAGGUGGCCCUGGAGUACAGACAUACCCUAACUUUGAUCCAUCAGCUGAUGUUGUUGCUUUGGACAGAGCUAUUACUGUAAAAGGUGUGGAUGAAGGCACGAUCAUUGACAUCUUGACUAAAAGAACAAAUGCUCAACGUCAGCAGAUCAAAGCUGCCUAUCAGCAGGCCAAAGGAAAGACUCUGGAAGAAGCCCUGAAAAAAGUUCUAAAAAGCCACGUGGAAGAUGUGGUUGUGGCUCUGCUCAAAACUCCAGCUCAAUUUGAUGCUGAAGAACUAAGAGCCUCUAUGAAAGGGCUUGGAACUGAUGAAGCUACCUUAAUUGAGAUUCUGGUCUCAAGAAACAACAGAGAGAUCAGAGAAGCCAGCAGAUACUACAAGGAAGUGCUGAAGAGAGAUCUGGCACAAGACAUCAUCUCUGACACAUCUGGAGAUUUUCAAAAGGCUUUGCUUGCUCUAGCCAAGGCUGAUCGAUCUGAAGAUUUUCAGGUGAAUGAUGAGCUUGCUGACAACGAUGCCAGGGCCUUGUAUGAAGCAGGAGAGAAAAGGAAAGGAACAGAUAUUAAUGUGUUUGUUACUGUUCUUACUGCUAGAAGCUAUCCACAUCUCCGAAGGGUCUUUCAGAAGUAUACCAAAUACAGCAAGCAUGACAUGAACAAAGUACUGGAUUUGGAGCUGAAAGGUGAUAUUGAGAAUUGCCUGACUGCCCUUGUGAAGUGUGCCACAAGCAAGCCAGCUUUCUUUGCUGAAAAACUCCACUUGGCCAUGAAGGGCUUGGGGACACGACACAAAGACCUCAUCAGAAUCAUGGUUUCACGCCAUGAAGUGGAUAUGAAUGAGAUCAAAGGCUAUUACAAGAGACUGUAUGGCAUCUCUCUCCGUCAAGCCAUUAUGGAUGAACUGAAAGGGGAUUAUGAAAACAUCCUUGUGGCUUUAUGUGGAAGUGAUAACUAA